CCGACAAGCGGAGAGGAAUGCAGCCAAGGGUUGGUCGUUGGGAUCAUGUGUCACCGGUUUUGAGAGGGCGGUAUAUAAGUCCAGGCUGGAUCUAGGUUCUGUUCAGAACAGACAUCGUCACCCCUCGACUCUGGAACACCAGCCGCUAAAGACAAGAGGCUUGUGAAUAGCUUUUGAUUGCCUUAGACCUUUUCAGGAACAAAAGUCCCUCGGGUGCCACUCGGUCUGCCUAAGAGGCCAGAAAUAAGUUAUCCAAGCUUCAAGCCUUCCCAAGAUGGACGUACAGAGGACUGGCUCGGUGGUGCGUCCACCCAGCCCCAUGGAGAGUCUAGAGAAGCAGCUGAGCUGCCCCAUAUGCCUGGAGAUGUUCACCAAACCUGUGGUCAUCCUCCCCUGCCAACACAACCUCUGCCGCGGCUGCGCCAGCGACCUGUACGACUCCCGCAACCCCUACCGCUUCUCCGGCGGAGUCUUCCGCUGCCCAACAUGCCGCUUCGAGGUGGUCCUGGAUCGCCACGGCGUCCAUGGGCUGCAGAGGAACCUGCUGGUGGAGAACAUCAUCGACAUCUACAAGCAGCAGCAGGAGGGCAGCGGAGGAUCUGGCGGCGGGAGCUCUGAGACCCCUCUGAAGCCCAAGGACUCCAAUGAACCCAUGUGCCAGGAGCACGAAGACGAGAAGAUCAACAUUUACUGCGUGACAUGCCAGACGCCUACCUGCUCCAUGUGCAAGGUCUUUGGCCAGCACAAGGACUGCGAGGUAUCGCCGCUGGCCAGCGUCUAUCAGGCUCAGAAGGGCGAGCUCAGCAACGCUAUCGACACCUUGGUAGCCAGCAACGGCCGCCUGCAGGCCCUGCUGAACCAGAUGGAAGAAACCUGCCGGGCCGUGCAAGACAAUGCCCAGCGGGCCAAGCAAGGCCUGGGCGAGCGUUUUGACCUUCUGUACGCCGUGCUGGAAGAACGCAAGGCUGUUCUGCUGGAGCAGAUCGGCAAGGAGCAGGAUGAGAAGGUCGCGGCUCUAAGGGCGCUGGCCCAGCGCUACGGCGAGAGGCUGCAGGCGGGAUCCGAGUUGACCGAUUCAGCGGUGAGGGCGUUGGAGCAGAGCAGUGCCGCGGAGUUCCUGAUGGCUUCCAAGGGCCUCAUCACGCAGACGAAGGACGCGGCCAAGGGUUCCCUGGGAGAGGAGAGGCCUGAGCCAGGCUUUGAAAAGAUGGAACACUUCACGCUGGCCACAGAACAUGUAGAGGCGAUCCUGUCCAAGAUGGACUUUGGAAUUGUUGACGAGGAGGAGUUUGAAGACGCAGAGGGGGAAGAGGAGGAGUAGAGAUGUUUGAAAUCGCUGCGAACUUGACAUUUGAAAAUAUUUUGAGGUUUUUAAACCUCUCAUGUAAUGGCAGGGACUCUAGUUGCAAUGUUUUUCGAGGAGGUUUCUAAGUAAGGACAACGUUUUUAUCUCUCUUGAAAAGGGAGAGAGGGGUUAGGUGUAAUGACUUACCCCGAUUCUGAGUGCACAGUAUUUUUUUUUGUACUCAAACAUUUUUGUAAACUAUUUUUUUUAUACUUUUCUAUUUGUAUAUUAGAUUUUUAAUGAUACUUGUAAUAUACUCACUAUAGGUCACCACAACUUUGUUUACGCUCAGUAAGUAAACUGAAAUUAUGAGGUUUUGUUGAUUUCACAGGCAUCUACAUUACUAGAAUGUUUAUGAUCGUAUCAGUGUUUUAACCC